AUGGUCAUUCCAAGAUACCCUUUAAACUCACAAUCGCCGGUGGUAUUAUACAGCCCCGAAGUAAUGGAGGUAAAACGGCAAAUAAUAAUCUUUUGGCUUAACCAAACGCCAAAUUUGGAGCAAGGUUUGAGCAACAAGACGAUUAUGAAAAUUUCUGAGGUAUAUUUUGCGCCAGAUGAUUUCGCUGAACUAGUAUGGUCGACUGAAGGUUUAAUGCUGUGUCUGGCAAACAUUUUUUCCGAUGCAAACCAAUAUAUUAUUGAACCGAAUAUGGAUGUACGCACUUUCGAACUUUUAAUGGAAGCGCUGACAAUUUUCGAAUGGGUUGCCCUCGAUAUUAGAACAAAAAUAUCUUUGGUAUGUUCGCCGUUUUUGCAUUCUCUUUACCCGUUUUUGAUGACAAACUACAAUCUGCCCUUCUACUGUUGCAUCAAAAAUCGCAUAUUAACCAUGUUCAACAUGAUAUUGAUGACACCUUUCAACAUAAUCAUUCAUUUUUGCAUAGAUUCGGGCUUUAUGGAUACCGUAGCCUUAAACAUGGCGUCAUACAGACGCGAUACAACCAUAAUCUGCGUUAACAUCAUGUUCAGGUUUUUGAGACACCCCAAGGCGCUGAAUUUUGUGUGCUCCACAAGUAUAACAUUGACGCGAAUUGUGGGGGCCCUAAAUGAUACCAUAAACGGUAUGGAAUUACAUUACCCGGACUUUAAAGAUGCAAUUGUGCUUGAGCCUUUGCACAAUAUCAUAAUGUGCUAUGCUUUAAUCAGCACAAAUAUAUUUGGAAGGUACUUUUUGAAGAAAUACUUGCCCGAGGCCUUAAGGGCAUUUACGUUCUAUACAUAUCUAUCGAAAAACCCAGCCACACUGGACCUGUUGGUGAGACUUUUGGAAAACUUUGAUACUCUCCCCAUUGCUUAG